AUGUUCUCCAAGAUCUUCCUCGUUGCCCUGGCGUCCUCGCCCCUCGUUGCUGCCCACGGCAAGAUCGCCGCCAUCCAGGGCGACGCUGGCGGCAACACCACCGGCCUCGGCAUCCAGGGCGGCGUCGUGCCCGGCGCCGGCCGCAACUCCAAGACCGAGGUCGACACCACCGUCUUCAGCUCCAUCAAGGCCCAGUCCAACGGCCUCGGCCGCACCACCGGCCAGGGCAAGAACACCAUCGACAUGGUCAGCCAGGCCCAGGCCCUGAGCGGCGGCGGCGACCUGCCCCAGGUCUCGGCCGACAACGGCUCGCUCUCGGGCGUCUUCCACAUCGUCACCACCGACGGCGCCGGCCCCCUCAAGGCCGUCCUCGACACCACCGGCACCGGCAACUUUGCCGACGGCGCCCUCAUGGACGUCACCACCCAGGUCCCCGGCACCUUUGGCAACAUCUCCCCCUCCGGCAACCCCAUCCGCCGCGCCCUCGUCGCCAUGGGCGUCAUCGCCAAGCGCGCCGCCAACGUCAACAAGGACUACCCCGUCGCCGUCGCCGUCCCCGCCGGCACCACCUGCACCGGCACCGUCAACGGCCAGUCCAACGUGUGCCUGGCCAAGAUUGCCAACUCGAACCCGGCCGGCCCCUUUGGCGGCGUCGUCGCCUUCCAGGUCGCCAACGGCGCCGCCUCGUCGACCUCCUCGUCCUCCGGUUCCACCGACAGCGCCGCCUCGGCCGCUGCUGCCUCCGGCUCGGCCAGCACGGCCGAGGCGGUGUCGGCCAAGGCCAACAAGAACAAGAGCGGCAAGCGUGGUGUCAAGUUCACCGCUUAA